GUGUGGCAUCUCUCUCUCUCUCUCCCCGUGUAUUUCUUUCGCUCAGCCCACCACGGCUACUGAAAUAAAGGCUCGCGCGACGGAGAGUGUGGAGUGGAGAGGAGGCGCUCUGAAGCAGCGGUGAAUUUUCACGCUGAUGACUAUGAUGAGAGGAGGAUGUUGGUGGCGGUGAUGAUGACGCUGACCGAAGCCGGCUGUGUGGGACGUCAGGCCGCCGACAGACACGGGCUCCAGCACGCGGUGCCAUGAGGAGGAGGAGCGGCUGCUGAGAUUCUGCUGUCUCGACUCGCGAGUGGAUUCAACCGGUGGUGGUCUCGUGUCCAGUCUCCAUCUAGAAGCCGACGGGAUGCCUUGUUAUGCGAGACAGUUGUUGUAGCAGCAGCAUUAGUGUCUUUAUCAGCAGCAGCACCAGCAGCGUCAAUUAUCGUGAUCCGCAGCAGGACUAAACGGAGCGGAUUGAGGAGGUGUCUGUCAUCUCUUAGUCUGUCACUUGGUCGCGCGCGCACACGGAGGGGACUGCGUGCUUUGGGAAUGCAUCCCCGUCCGAUGCCCUCGCUCCUCUGCUCGGGGCCGGGAAUUUUCUCAUUUCUCAUCUGCUUUGCAGCGGCCGCUGGUCGCGGUGGCGGCGGUAUUGGUAGCGGUGCUGCUAGUGGUGUGGCUCUUGGUGCCGGUCACGGCGGUGACCGUGGCGGAGGCGUUGUUGCUGGUGGUGUGCCCUCUGGCCUCGAAGCAAGAAGCGCCCUCGAGACCGCGGACAAUAAGGCCAACGGCACCGACGCCCCGCCGGUGGUCACCUUGGCCGUUCUCCUCCCGCUGCGCAACUCCUCCUACCCGUGGUCCUGGUCAAGAGUCGGACCCGCGGUGGUCCUGGCCCUGGAGCGGGUCAACGCCGACCCGUCCCUGGGUCUGGGCCGCCACCGGCUCACCUACGUUCUGGCCAGCACCGAGGACAAAGAUGGUUUCUGCUCGGACGUGGAAGCUCAGCUGCAAGCGGUGGACAUCAAACUCGAGCACGACCCGGACGCUUUCCUGGGGCCGGGCUGCGUCUACAGCUCUGCCCCCGUGGCACGGUUCGCCACGCACUGGCGGAGGCCGCUCGUGACGGCUGGGGCGCCGGCCCACGGCUUCGACAACAAGAGCGGGGAGUACGGAAUGCUGACCCGAGUGGGGCCCUCGCACGUGAAAUUGGGCCGCAUGGCCGUGCGGGUCCACGCGCUGUUCGGCUGGAGGAGGAAAGCGAUGCUCAUCUACUCGGACACGAACAAGGACGACCGUCCGUUCUACUUUACGGUCGAGGGAAUCUACAUGGCGCUGCGAACGCACGACAUCACUGUGGUGCACUACACGUGGGACGAGCAGAUGCUCACGAGUCGCGACGUGGCCAAAGCCGUGGAGAACAUGCAGCGCACAGCCAGAGUUGUGUACGUGUGCAGUUCUCCGGACGCGUUCCGCCGUCUGCUUCUGGCCGCCAAGCGCGCUGGACUUCGCCUGCAAGAGUUCGCCUUCCUCUACCUGGACCUGUUCGGUGAGGGCCUGGAAGGAGGGCGGCCUGGGCACGACAAGGAAGGAGGCUCCGGCAGCCUCAGCGGGGCUCCUUGGCAUCGGGGAGACGAGGACGACGAGGACGCGAAGAGCGCGUUCGCGAGCGUUCUGAUCAUCACAUAUCAGCAGCCCAACAACAGCCAAUAUGAGCAGUUCAUCUCCGACGUGCAGAGGAAGGCCCGGGAAGCAUUCAAUACAACGAUGACCCCAUCACUGCACACGCUGAUCGCGGCGGCGUUCUACGAGGGCGUGAUGCUGUACGCGCGUGCCCUGGGCGAGGCGCUGGGCGAGACGGCGCUCGGCGAGGAGUGGCGCAACCUCACGCGCCGCAUGUGGAACCGCACUUUCCCUGGAGUCACCGGCACGGUGGCAAUCGACGACAAUGGGGACCGUGAGAUGAACUACUGCAUUUGGGCCAUGAACGGCGCGGACGGGGCCUUCCGGAUCGUCGCCAUUUACGACGGGGUCACUGACACCGUCAAGAUGGUCCCUGGCACGGAGAUCCACUGGCCAGGAGGAAAGGUCCCCAAUGACAACCCGCCCUGCAUCUUCGACACGGACGACCCCGCCUGCCACUCACGUGGCCUGGGCACCCUCCAGCUCAUGGGCAUCGUGGUGAGCCUCACCGUGCUCAUCAUCGCCGUCACCGUCUUCAUCGUCAUCAGGAAGCUGAAGCUGGAGAAGGAGCUGGCCAGCAUGCUGUGGAGGGUGCACUGGGACGACGUCUUCGUGGACAAAGUGGGUGAUGCACUCAAGUUGUCGGGAGAGAGCGCGGUAACCCCCUCCACGAGGUGCUCGAGCCACAGCUCCCUGGCGACGACGCGAUACGGGCGGUCCGUGUUCGCCAACACCGGCUUCUACAAGGGAAACUUGGUGGCCAUAAAGUUCAUCAACCGGAAGAAAAUCGAGUUGACGAGACAAAUGCUGUUCGAGCUCAAGCACAUGCGGGACGUCCAGAACGAACACCUAACUCGCUUUGUAGGCGCCUGCAUCGAUGUGCCCAACAUCUGCAUCAUCACCGAGUACUGCCCCAGGGGAAGCUUACAGGACAUUUUGGAAAAUGAAAGCAUUAGCCUGGAUUGGAUGUUCCGGUACUCCCUGAUGCACGACAUCGUGAAGGGCAUGCUGUACCUGCACAGCAGCGUCAUCGGCUCCCACGGGAACCUCAAGUCGUCCAACUGCGUCGUGGACAGCAGGUUCGUGCUCAAGAUCACCGACUACGGCCUCAGCAGCGUCCGAGCGCACAGCAAGGCGGACAGCUCGGCCAACUACUUCGAAAAGCGCCUGUGGACGGCGCCGGAGCUGUUGCGCAUGGAGGAAGUGGCUCCGCGCGGAACGCAGAAGGGAGACGUCUACAGCUUCGCCAUCAUCCUGCAGGAGAUCGCCCUGCGCAGCGGACCUUUCUACCUGGAGGCCAACCACCUCACGGCCAAAGAGAUUGUUCAGCGGGUGAAGCAGGGCGAGUGGCCCUACCUGCGGCCCACGGUGGACCCCGGGGGACACUCCGAGGAGCUGGGCCACCUCAUGCAGCGCUGCUGGGCCGAGGAGUCGACGGAGAGGCCCGACUUUCACCAGAUCAAGAUCCUCUUGCAGAAGUUCAGCAGGGAGAGCAGUGGCACCAUCCUGGACAAUCUGCUGUCACGGAUGGAGCAGUACGCCAACAACCUGGAGGAGCUGGUGGAGGAGCGAACGCAGGCCUACCUGGAGGAGAAGGGCAAGGCCGAGGCUCUGCUCUACCAGAUCCUGCCCCACUCGGUGGCCGAGCAGCUCAAGCGCGGGGAGACGGUGCCGGCCGAGGCGUUCGACAACGUCACCAUCUACCUCAGCGACAUCGUGGGCUUUACGGCCAUGUCGGCCCAGAGCACGCCCAUGCAGGUGGUGGCCUUCCUCAACGACCUUUACACUUGCUUCGACGCAAUAAUCGACAACUUCGAUGUGUACAAGGUGGAGACGAUCGGCGACGCCUACAUGGUGGUGUCGGGGCUGCCCGUGCACAACGGCAGGCGGCACGCCAUCGAGGUGGCGCGCAUGGCGCUCGCACUGCUCUCCGCCGUGCGCUGCUUCCACAUCCGCCACCGGCCCGCGCAGAGGCUGCUGCUUCGCAUCGGCAUCCACUCCGGCCCCGUGUGCGCUGGGGUCGUGGGGCUCAAGAUGCCACGGUACUGCCUGUUCGGGGACACGGUGAACACCGCCUCACGCAUGGAGGCCAAGGGAGAAGCUCACAGAAUUCACCUUUCUUCAACAACAAAAGCCAUCUUGGAUGAAUAUGGAGGAUUUGUGGUGCAGUUACACGGGGACGUGGACAUAAAGGGCAAAGGAACCAUGCGUACUUACUGGCUCCUAGGCGAGAAUCCCACGGUGUCAGGUGUGCCGUGAAGAGGUCCUUCGGCACCUCCUCCUCAUCUCUCACCUCUUCUGCCUCGUUUUUUCUCGCCACCGCCGCCGUUGGUCGGCGAAGGUGGCGCGCGCGGCGCCACCCGUGUGCCGUGGAGUGCGAGCGUUGGAAGUUUUGCGUAAGCGAGAGGAUGGUGGUUUUUGCUCACAAAAGUAUCGUAGUUUCCGUUUCGGAAGAAGGGGAUUGCUAAUGUUGAGACCGUGUAAAAUCUCCCGACUAGACUACAGACUGCCGGGAGCAGAUGAUUUUAGGACAAUGUUGCUCCCAGUGCUGAUGUUUACGCACCGCUCCCAGUACUGAUUUGAGGCUCAGUCCACCUAGGAGUGGCCCAGGAUAAGUUCAGAUUCCACUCGUCAUUGAUGUUAUCCAACGCUGGGAAUCAGACACUGUGUUCGUGGUGCAGUGUGCUAAAUGAGGUAAGGCGCGGCGGUGCGUGCUGUGCUGGUCUUAAUAGGCAAUCGCUACGGCACUUGUCCACCCCUACAGUCUGGAAAGAUAAAUAUGGAUACUUUUUCUAUACACACAGUCACACACGUGCACGCAUACUCAGAGGUACGAACAAGCCUCUGUUUAUCAUAUACACGCAAUUUAUGGGCAACCUGUAGUGGUUAUCCUCUGGCGUAACUGCCUCCAUCCACCACUGGGUUCGUACUACCAACUGAGAUAGCUGCUGCCUUGAGCUCUUUUGAGCAGAAAGACAUUUUGUCUUUCUUUAUUUUCCAGGGUGAGUGCUCUUGGUGAGUGCCUAUUAAGGAAGAUGUGGUGUACAGUGAGGGGUGGUUUUGACCAGCAUCACCACAUCAGCUAAGCCUAUUCAUUGAAGGCUGAGUUGACCAUGUCCCACGGUGUACAUGGUCAGCAGAUAUAAGCGUAUAUAUUAACGUAAACAACACUAUAAUUGGGGAACUCCUCCAGUAUUGUAAAAAAAUAAAAUGUUACUUAGUAACAGUUUCGUAAAUAGUAGUUUUUUAAAUGUAAUGAUGGACAGUCAAGAGAGUUGAGUGCUGAAAUGAAGGAAUGUACACAUGCUUUCUUCUGUACCGUAGUUAGCCCAGACGCUGUCCGUGUGCAGCAGUGAGAUGGUUUGUGGCAUCUCAUAACCGUGAGUGGCGGUGAUAGCGUGGGGAGGCCUUCAUCCAGCAGUGGAUAGACCAUGCCUGAUACUGAUGACGAUAAUAAUAUGAAUGCCAUGUUUAAAACAUGAGUCAAAUGUAUAAGUCAACCUCUUUUUCUGUAUCUCACAUCGAAAUAUGUUUGAGACCUUCGGUCUACCGACCUUUCAAAAAUGAUGUUAUCGAGCAGCAUUUCAGUAUAGUAAAUUUCGGACCAGUUUAGAUUUUCUGGGUCAAAAUAAAUGGAAGGUCAAUGGGUCUAGAAAGUCGAGAAGGUCUUGACAUCAAUGUCUAAACACAUCGUAUUUCUAUGCGGAGAUACAGAUAAAAUGUUGUUUUGUUUAUUUAAUUAACGAAAGUACUUAGUUACGCAUAUUCAGUUGCAUUGAAGCCGAAAACAAGUUCAUUAGAAAAAAUCACGUAAAUUUAUUUUAACCAUGAUAGACCACUUGUAUACAUAUUUUGUGGAUCCCCUUCAAAGGCCAGCGCUCUCCUCAUGCAUCGAUACAUCACUGCCAGCGAUUGCAUAGCUCUUGGGAGCAGCCCUGGAAGUCUUCAGCAUGAAAAACCUCUGAAGUAACCUCACCCCAUUCGCUCCGACAUUCUCUGUCUUCACAACCAGUAUUGUGCGUCGUAUUUUCCAUGCAGGUUGUGGUGCAACACAGCAAAAUAAACGUUCAGAGAGCAAAUUCCCCCAGUUCAACACGAGAAUUUGAUUCAUAAUUGAUUGUUGGAUCGGUUCGCGUGAGUAAAAUAUGUCGUAAAUCCCCCCUCCACCCGACACAACCAAUGAAUAAAUGUGUGACGUCAUGAACAAACUUGCCAUGUUAUUAAUAUUUCAGCGCACCGAUGUGUUGGACAGCAAUCCACGACGUUUCACAGUUCCGUGCGACGUUUCGCUGGUAGUUGCAACCAACGUCAUCGGUGCAGUUGCACGAAAUGUGGCAACUGAAGGAGGGUUUAAGACACAUUUUACUUGCGUGCAUUCGAAACCCAAAAGUUAAUUGUGAAUCGUAACAUCGGUCGCAAACGCCUAUGCGAUGCAUUUACUAAAUUUGAUGGAGCAUCAUUGCUGCCUCGCCACAAUGGCUCACAAGGUGCCGAAUUCAUACUGACGGGGCCGCACGUAUGUGACUCUGCGUGUACACUACAUUUUCAGCAGCCAUGAGAAACGUCUAGAGUUACUUUUAGCUCGUAGAGCAUUCCAUUUCUAUCGUCUCUUCAACUCCAAAUAAAGUAAUUCCACGAAUGUUUUGACCGAACCUCCUAUCUAGCAGAGGUGUGGACUCGAGUCAUGUGACUUGGACUCGAGUCAGACUCGAGUCAUGAAUUUGAUGACUUCAGACUCGACUUGGACUUGCAUAACAAUGACUUUGUCCCACCUCUGAGGUGUGGACUCGAGUCAUGUGACUUGGACUCGAGUCAGACUCGAGUCAUGGAUUUGAUGACUUCAGACUCUACUUGGACUUGCAUAACAAUGACUUUGUCCCACCUCUGCUAUCUAGUCAUACCUUCACAAUAUUAGGCAAUCACUAUUCAUAUUGUGCAAACAACUUUUUGGUUGAUAUUGUCAUUCUGAGAAUUUGUUUAUCGCUUGUUGUCAUAUACAGUAUAUUUAUACAUCACUUACAUACUCAGUAACACGAACAUACUUACAAAGAUGGAAAAGUCCAAAAAUAGUGAAUUUAACGAGUAAUAUGUUUGCUGUAUUAGAAUGAACACCAAUAGACAAUCAGGUUGUACACAAAUGGGGGCACUGUGACUAUGGCCUUUACAUUACCAGAAACCAAAUGCCUAACAUAUAUUUAUGCAAGUAAAGCGAUAUUUUAUUUUAUAGACUUAUUUUUAAUCGAUCAAAGUUAUUGUUUUGAAUGUGGUUUAUUGAACAAUAAUGUACAUGUUGUAAAUAAAAUAUGGCUAUAAACUGA